AUGGCGUUAGUGGGCGAUGAGGAAUUGUUGGUGCUUCCAUUCCGAUGGUUCGUUUACGCUACAGCAAGUUUGCCGCUUACUGCGUUAUUUUUAUGCAUCUCGCUGGCACUGGCACUGCAUUUCAAUGAAGCAACGAGCACCCACUGCGAAGUGGUCAACUAUUUACCGUCCAUUUCGGCUGCUGUCGCAUCGUUCUCGCCCGAACGCUACAUCUGGCGUUUUUUUAUUGCCUUACACUCGGCGCCACGUCUCGUCGCGGCAUUCGCAUUCAGAAAUUUGUUGCUGACUUCACCGCUAAGGCCGCUGAAUGACCGUAUAUGGUUUGAAUUGGGUUGUCAUAUUGCAUGUAUUAUAAAUGUCGCUGAAAGUUUCUCACUUCUUCUGCUAACUUCCAUCUCAUCCACCGAAAACUAUGGUACAUUUGUCUGA